UUUUUGAUCAGAGAAACCAUUUAUUAAUCGAUUCCAAACACUGCCUCCGUUGUCUGCCCUAACUCUAUAGUCUCUCUCUCUCUCUCUCUCCACAUAAACAGUGUGCCGUGCAAAAAAUGAGAAAAAAUCCCUCGUGACGGAAUUUAUUUUUCCUCCGAAUUUCAUUUUCCAAAUUUCUAAUUCUCCAAUUUUGUCAGUAAUUUUUUUUUUCUUCUCUCUUUCACACUCACUCGUCUCCACGGCGCAACUUUUAUAGAGCGGACCUUCGCAGCCUGUGACUCGACGCUAACGUGCGCACCUCACUUUCUUGGUGAAAUUCCAUUAACGCAGCUUCAAAGCUCUCAGAGAGAAGCCAUUGACAACCUUUGCCCUAGAACUAUUAGAUAGUGAUUGUUUUGAUUAAUUUUAUUAUGGGUUUGAAUGGUUGAAGAACGAGUUGUGUACAAAACAUGAGCUUCGAAAAUUUUGUGAUAGAGAAUUGGAAGGUUAUGGUUGGUUUUCGAGAUUGUUGUGUGCUGUUUUGGGCACUGAAGGUGGGUUAGGGUUACUUAAAAAAGGGGUUUCUGAUUGAGGAUUUGUGUAGCUACAAUGGAUGGGGAGGAUAAGAAGUGUGGGAUAAAGAGAAGAUCGAAGCCGGUUGAGAUCGGUUUGGUUUCGGACGACGAUGAGCCCAUUGGGACUUUGUUCAAAUUGAGGAGAACAAAAAACCCUAAGAAGGUUAAGUCUGGGUUAGAGAGUGAGGGGAUAAAGAAGGUUGAGAUUGGAGAAGAGAAAUUGAAGGUUGAGGGAGAGGAUUUUGGGGGUAUGGAUGAUACUUUGGCGAGUUUCAAGAAGAAGUUGAAGGGUCCAAAGAAAGACUGUGGAUCUGGAAUUCUAAGGGGAAGGAGUUCUACUUUGAAUGCAGUGGAUUCUUCGGAUAGAUCAUCGAAUGGGCCUGUGGAGGAUGUGGAGAAAGGGCGUGUAAUGGGUGGUGAUGAAGGGUCUGAUGUGACUAUGGAUGUAGGGGUAGAAUCCAAGUGUAAAGGGAAAGUGAAGAGACCCAAGAUAAAUUCAGUGGUGAAAACAGUAGAUGGUCAUGUUGCUUUGGAUAAUGAUUUAGAGUCUAUGGGAUCUGGGUGUAAUUCUUUGAGGGAGGAGUCUGGUUUGUGCCCCAGGGAAGGUCCUAAUCAGUCUGUGGAUGAAAAUUUGAAAGACUCGUUAUCGGAAUUUGUUCGUAAGGCACAGUCUGGUUUAAUUAAGAAAUAUCGGAUUUCUCCAAGUUUAAAGCAGAAAAGUGAGGCCCAGACUUUGGAGGAUGGGUUGAGCCCGUGCUCUGAAAGUUCUGUAGGUGUUUCGAAGCUCGUAACCCUAGGGAGACUUAGAUCUGGUUCUUCCUCAAAAUUGGAGUGCACCAGUUUGAAAUCUAAAAAUAGAAGAUCAGAUGACAGCUUUUGUGAAGUUUCUGACUGCAUAGAAGAGAACCAUGAUUCAACUAGAGGGCUUCCUUCUGAUUCAGCAAUUAAAGAAGAGAGUAUGAAACCUAGUGACAAUGGAUAUGAUAGAUCGUCCAAAAUUAUUUUUGAGGAUCCACCUACUCUUUCAAUAUCUUCAAGAUCUCCCUCCAAAGGGAUUCAAAAUGAGGCCAUGGAGGACCCUUGUGGUUCAAAUGUGCAGGAGGGAUAUAAAGUGGACAAUGAUAGUUUGAAUGAAGUUUGUGAUGGAGAGUUUAUUUGUGUUCAACUCAAGGACAAUUACUCUGCACCUAGCCAAAAGGCUGCAAUGGGAAUUCAUACAUUUAAGGAUAGAUUAAAGCAUUGUCCUACAGUUAGCACAAGCACUUUGCUUCAUGAUGCUGUAAAAUUUCCAAAUUCUAUCUCUGGCCCUACGAAGAUGGAAGAAGACAAUGAGUUUGACAUAGGUUUUAGAGAUACAUUCACCCGACAGUCGGAGGGUAUUCCAACAGCACAUGUAUCAAAUGCAAACCUUGAAAUUUCCUCUUCUAUGGUCCAGAAAGAAAUUGUGGGGACUUUCCAUGAUGAUGAGUUGUUAAAGAAAUCAUGUAUAUACAAUCCCAAGGAUAUUUGCAAUUCAGUUUCUGGAAAAGUUUUGGAGGUUUCGUCAAAAUGUAUAUCUCAAUACUCCUCUCCUCAUCUCAUGAAGAUGGGAGAUGCUUGCAGUGAUGGUGAUGGUGAUGGUAUUAAUACUUGCACCGAUGAGCCAGAUCUUGCUUCAGAUUCUAUGCAAAAGGAACAUGUUAUGGUUUCUGAUGUUCGGUUAUCUCCACAUACUAUGACGUCUACCGGAGAGCAUAAGUCAGGACUUGCUUUCCAGUUGAAUCACCAGGACAAAUUUUCAGAGCCUUGUCUUUAUCCAAAUAAGUCUUUGGCGUCCAUUCAGAAGUGCAACUCCACUUUACAUCAAAAUCAGCCUUCUGAUGAUGCGUCGAAAGGCAUUUGUGUUCCUAGUCAUGAUUAUGUUUCAGCCAAUGAGGAGGCUAAUGGAGCUUCUUCUCCAUCUAUAACUCGAGAUGAAAAUGACAAUUACCCAGAAGAUGCAACAUCUGUGCCUGAUUGUGAAAACAAAGAUGGAAAGCUAUCAGCUGUCCAGCGUGUUCCGCGCAAGCCUAAGAAGCGUAGGCAUGGAGACAUGGCUUAUGAGGGGGAUGCUGACUGGGACAUUUUGUUAAAUGAACAAGGUUUCCUUGAAAGUCAGGGUGUUGUAGAUAAUGAGCAUUCUAAUAGAACAAGAGCAAAGUCUGAUACCUCCUCAAUUAUUGCUGUAGAGGCUGAAAAUGGUAGUGCAGCGGCAGUAUCAGCUGGGCUGAAAGCUCAUGCAGCUGGUCCAGUUGAGAAGAUUAAAUUUAAGGAGGUCUUGAAGCGCAAAGGUGGGCUUCAGGAGUAUUUGGAGCGCAGGAAUCGGAUAUUGAGUCUUUGGAGUAAAGAUGUUAGCCGUAUUUUACCACUUGCUGACUGUGGGGUCUCUGAUACUCCUUUUGAGGACGAACCAUCACAUGCUACACUUAUCAGGGAGAUCUAUGCAUUUCUUGAUCAUAGUGGAUAUAUAAAUGUUGGAAUUGCUUCUGAGAAGGAGAAAGCAGAAACUAAUGCUAAGCAUAAUUAUCAGCUUCUAAAUGGAAAAAAUCUGAAGGAAAAUUCUGGGUCUUCAGUGGCUGAUUUGGAGGAUGGAGUUUCUUUUAUUGUUGGUCAGGUUAAGAGUUCUGAUACUUCAAUGGAGGCAAAGAAUGAUGUUAUCCUUGAAAAUGCAACUCAAAUGCUUGGAGCUAUUAGAGGUAGCAGGACUGGUACUCCUGCUGCACCUGAAUUACCUGAUGCAACAGAACGUGAAGAAUGUCUGGCUGAUGAUUACCCAGAAUAUGGUAGCAUUGACAAUAUGCCCGUUGACAAUAUGCCCGUUCUAAGUACUGGUCUGUCAUGUGAAAAACUGGAUGGUCUAACAGACCCUGUCAUAACAUCUGAGUUAGUGAAUGACUCGUGCACCAUUCAAUCUGCCUCAGAUGAUCAGGUUGGGGGGGAUCACUCUCUGCAGUGUGAUUCUGAUGUUAGAAAGAGAAUCAUUAUUGUAGGAGCUGGUCCUGCUGGCUUAACUGCUGCACGCCACUUGCAACGGCAGGGUUUUUCUGUAACAGUUCUUGAAGCUAGGAGUAGGAUAGGUGGCCGUGUUUUUACAGACCGCUCAUCUCUGUCUGUUCCUGUGGAUCUUGGUGCUAGCAUCAUUACUGGUGUUGAGGCUGAUGUGGCUACUGAAAGGAGACCGGAUCCUUCCUCAUUGGUUUGUGCUCAGUUGGGCCUCAAGUUGACUGUGCUAAACAGUGACUGCCCUCUUUAUGAUAUUGUUACAGGUCAAAAAGUUCCUGCAGAUCUGGAUGAUCGCCUGGAAGCAGAAUACAACAGCCUUCUGGAUGAUAUGGUACUGCUUGUUGCCCAGAGAGGGGAACAUGCAAUGAGAAUGUCCCUUGAGGAUGGCUUAGAAUAUGCCCUUAAGAAGCGUCGUUUGGCGCGAUUAGGAACAAAUAAGGAAGAGACUGAACUGCAUGGUUCUAAAAAUGCUUUCUUUGAUUCCAAUAAAGGUAGCGUUGAUGGCAGUUUUCCUCUGAGAAAUUAUUCUAAAGAGAUUUUGGAUCCUUUGGAGAGGAGGGUUAUGGACUGGCAUUUUGCCAACUUAGAGUAUGGUUGUGCUGCUCUGCUUAAGCAAGUAUCUCUUCCCUACUGGAACCAAGAUGAUGUUUAUGGAGGAUUUGGAGGAGCUCAUUGUAUGAUUAAAGGGGGUUACAGCACUGUUGUUGAGUCUCUUGGAGAUGGACUUCCCAUUCGCUUGAACCAUAUAGUUACAAAUGUUUCAUAUGAAACCAAGGACUCUGGAAGUAAUGGUAGUGGGAGUUAUAGAGUCAAAGUUUCUACAUCAAAUGGCAGUGAAUUUUCGGGAGAUGCUGUCCUGAUUACAGUGCCGCUUGGGUGCUUGAAAGCAGAUACCCUAAAGUUUUCCCCACCUUUACCCCAAUGGAAACAUUCUUCUAUCCAGAGGCUUGGCUUUGGAGUUCUCAAUAAAGUGGUUUUGGAGUUUCCGGAAGUAUUCUGGGAUGAUUCUGUGGAUUACUUUGGAGCAACAGCUGAGGAAACAAACCGAAGGGGCCAGUGCUUUAUGUUCUGGAAUCUUAGGAAAACAGUUGGGGCUCCUGUUCUUAUAGCUUUAGUGGUUGGUAAGGCAGCUAUAGAUGGCCAAAACAUGAGCUCGUCUGAUCAUGUAAACCAUGCAUUAAUGGUUCUCCGUAAACUUUUUGGUGAGGCUUCAGUUCCUGAUCCAGUUGCAUCAGUAGUGACAGACUGGGGCAGGGAUCCUUUUAGCUAUGGUGCUUACUCCUAUGUUGCUGUUGGAGCAUCUGGAGAAGAUUAUGAUUUAUUGGGAAGGCCUGUAGAGAAUUGUUUGUUUUUUGCUGGUGAAGCCACCUGCAAGGAGCAUCCCGACACAGUUGGUGGUGCAAUGAUGAGUGGGCUACGGGAAGCAGUGCGUAUAAUUGACAUAUUGAGGACUGGAAAAGACUAUACUGCAGAAGUAGAGGCAAUGGAGGUUGUCCACAGACAGAGUGACUUUGAGAGGGAUGAAGUUAGGGACAUAACAAAGAGACUUGAUGCAGUUGAGCUUUCUAAUGUCCUCUACAAGGACUCUUUAGAUGGAGGCCAGAUUUUGACAAUAGAAGCUUUACUACAGGAGAUGUUCUUUAAUGCAAAAACUACUGCAGGACGAUUGUGUGUGGCCAAAGAGUUGUUGAAUCUUCGUGUUGAAACCUUGAAAUCCUUUGCUGGGACCAAGGAAGGGCUUACUACACUCAACUCAUGGAUACUGGACUCUAUGGGGAAGGAUGGGACCCAACUCUUGCGGCAUUGUGUUCGUCUACUUGUACGAGUUUCAACUGAUCUACUUGCUGUGCGCUUGUCAGGCAUAGGGAAAACUGUGAAAGAAAAAGUUUGUGUACAUACUAGCCGAGAUAUACGUGCAGUAGCAAGUCAGCUAGUUAAUGUGUGGCUUGAAGUCUUUCGCAAGGAAAAAGCUUCUAAUGGUGGAUUGAAGUUAUCGAGGCAAGCAACUGCUAUAGAUUCAGCAAAGAGAAAAUCUCUUAAAGAUCCAGUAAUGGGAAAGCCGCCUCUGCACACACAUCAUGGUGCUUUGGAGAAUAAAGGAAACUUGCAGGUUCCUGCAUCUGGAAGUUUCUUGCCUUCUAAUGCAAAUUUGAAGAAAGUGAAUGGCAAAGCAGCCCAACACGAAACUACAAAUGACUCAAAAAUGGAGAUUACAUCAAGGUCCCAAGGUUCAAUAGGUACACUGGAUACUGAGCUGGAGGGCAACAAUGUUGCUAUGUCUGAGGAAGAACAGGCUGCCUUUGCUGCUGCAGAAGCAGCCCGUGCUGCGGCACUUGCAGCUGCUGAGGCCUAUGCGUCAUCAGAAGCCAAAUGUAAUACAUCACUGCAGCUUCCUAAGAUACCAUCAUUUCACAAAUUUGCUAGACGGGAUCAAUUUUCCCAAAUGGAUGAGGUUGAUACUAGAAGGAAAUGGUCUGGGGGAGUUUUGGGAAGACAAGAUUGUAUAUCAGAAAUAGACUCUAGGAACUGCAAAGUUAGGAACUGGUCUGUUGAUUUCUCUGCUGCUUGUGCUAACCUUGACAGUUCAAAAGUUUCAGUGGAUGACCUCUCAUUGCGGAGCCAUUCAAAUGAGAUUGCCAGCCAUUUGAACUUCAGAGAGCACUCUGGUGAAAGUGUGGCGGUGGAUAGCAGUAUUUAUACUAAAGCAUGGGUUGAUACAGCUGGUAGUGUGGGGAUAAAGGACUAUCAUGCAAUUGACAGAUGGCAAUCUCAGGCAGCUGCAGCUGAUUCUGAAUUCUUCCGUUCGACUGUGAAUAUAAAGGAUGAGGAGGAUUCGAACACAAGUUCGAGACUACCCACCUGGAGGCAUGAUAGAUUGGCAAAUGAGAGUUCUGUUUCACAAGUUACAGUAAACAAGGAGUCUGUAAAAAAUCUUUCUCGAGGGGCUGACCGCAUUAAGCAGGCUGUUGUGGAUUAUGUUGCAUCAUUGCUUAUGCCCCUUUAUAAAGCAAGGAAAAUUGAUAAGGAAGGAUACAAGUCAAUUAUGAAGAAAACUGCAACUAAGGUCAUGGAGCAGGCCACAGAUGCUGAAAAAACAAUGUCUGUUUCAGAGUUUCUUGAUUUCAAGCGCAGGAAUAAGAUCCGUUCCUUUGUGGACAAACUGAUUGAGAGGCACAUGGAAAUGAAGCCAAAUGUGAAAUCUUGAUAAUCCCAGGGAUUGGGUGACCUUUUUUUGGUACCAUUUAUGUGCAAGGCUUGGAGUGGUCUGGUUCCUUGUUUCUGCAGGAGUUUGUUGCAUAUAUUGUGGUGGUGGGGCAUGGUUGGUAUCCUGUUAAUGAUCCAGAAGGCAUUGUGGAAGAAACGGGAUGGUUUUUUGUUGCCUGUUUGGUCAUAAUGGCAUUGCCUCCCAAUGCAAACUGUUCAAGGUCUGAUGCCUCCUUGCAAGUGUGAUCAGAGAUGGUCAUGGAGUACAACAAAAGGCCAUUUUUGGUGGUGGCAUAGACUUCUUGCUUUAGAAAUCGGCUCAAGUAUUGUAACUUGGAUGGUCUGGACUGCAGGCAUCUGGGUGGAACGAUAAGAUUGGAUUACUUUCAGCAAUUGGUUCAUCAUCCAUCAAGGCUGCACCUCCUAGGGUGAAAAGUUAAGCCCUAUUUUUUUGUUCGGGGAUCCCCCUAGAUGAGACAAUUUAUCUUGACAUUCUUGUUUUCAAUAUGUACAGAUUAGGAUAUUUUAGUGUCAACAAGCAUACAGAAUCUUUUUCCAUCCUUUCAUCAAAAGGACUUCAACAUUGUUCAGAUUUUUUUAGUUGAACAUUAGUUACUAACUUAUCUUUUGUUCGCUAAAUUUUGAGCAAAGGAAUUGCAAUUUGCCUUCAAAAGUGCAUCUUUGAUGGCCUUGACUUCCACUUGGAUUUUGUCUUUUAUUCUGUUCGCACUUGCAGCGCAUCCUGGAUGUAUGUUUGUGUCUGGUGUAUUAUAUAUUAUUAACAACAUUUAAGGAUUAAGGGCAUCUAUCACGUGGUUUGUGACACUGAAUCGACAUAAAUAUGCUAAGGUGCCUGUUUCAUAUUUGAUCACCUAAAUUCAUUUGACAUUGUAUGACAGAUAAUACCUUCAAGAUCAACUUUCAGGUAUUGUUUUGGUGUUGCACUAUUUAUACUGAGCUUCAUCACAUUGUGUAUGUACAUUUUGAAAUUAAGUGAUUUAAUCCUUCCUAUCCUAAUCUACCCUUCUGUUUCAGCUGUUGUUGUUUUUUAUUUAUUUAUUUUUUUUAAAAUUUUUUUAUCUUACUGCUUACACUCAUUUGUUGGCUUGUUGCUAGGUUGGGGAAAAUAUUGUGGCUGUCUUGCUCAUGAGAGGUACGCCUGCUGUUGCCUUAUAACUGGUUUGCACCCGUAAGUUUUGAUCUUUUAUGCCAUUGAUUUCACGAAGAAAUUCUUAGGCUGCCUGUUAAACCCCCACCUCCUUGAUUAAUUAUAGUUGGGUCCUUUUCUUAUUUGAAGUU